GGAUAAUAAACUCAGCUGCAUGAUUGCCCUUAUCGACGCAAUUCUCGUAAAGCAAGCUAGAAGACGCCAAAAGCGUCAAAGCGGACCGAUGACGGCAAAACCGGCUGCAAGAUCAAGCUUGGCUCCUCGGUAGCUACGGAACAUGAGCAACGACGUCAUCAUUCCAGCGAAAAACAUAAAACACAUCCAACGCGCAUUCUACGCAACACAGUUUCGGAGCAGCAAAUUUAGCAAUUGAGCGACAUUCAUCAUGGCUACGAAACAGUCGGAAGUCCCCAACUUCACCAUCAGCGAUUACGUCAAGUUCUUUGGCGCAGGCGCCCUCGCCGCGACGUCUACUCAUGGUGCUGUCACGCCAAUUGAUGUCGUAAAGACACGAAUUCAGGUCGACGAUGCCUUGAAGGGAUACAACAUGCUCUCGGCUGGUCGCAGCAUCGUCGCCAAGGAGGGUGCUUCAGCGCUACUGACUGGCUUCGGCCCAACUGCAGUAGGCUACCUCGUACAAGGCGGUGCCAAGUUCGCUGGUUACGAGUUCUUCAAGAAGAAGUACAUCACUAUGCUUGGAGGUCCUGAGAAGGCUGUCGAUCAUCGAACGGGCGUUUAUCUCACUGCCAGUGCAUCAGCCGAGUUCUUUGCUGAUAUUCUUCUGUGUCCACUCGAGGCCACGCGAAUUCGACUCGUUUCGCAGAGGGGAUAUGCCGAUGGUUUGCUUUCGGGUUUCACAAGAAUGGCGCGUGAGGAGGGCUUCAAGGGCUUCUACUCUGGCUUUGUUCCUCUGUUGUUCAAGCAGAUUCCCUUCGCUGUUGGCCAAUUCUCUGUUCAUGAGGCCGUCAACGAGGUCAUCUACCGCGCAAUGGGCCCCGAGCGAAAGCAGAAGCUCACACAGCUUGAGUCAACCGGAGUAGAGCUUACAUCUGGUAUCACCGCCGGUGCUGCUGCCGCCAUUCUCUCUCACCCUGCCGAUACUCUCUUAUCAGCCAUCAACAAGGGCGCUGGUGAUAAGAGCCAGGGCGCGACAAGUCGCAUGUUCCAACUUGCGAAAGAAUUCGGACCUAAGCGAUUACUUCUGACUGGACUGGGACCUCGUAUCGUCAUGACAUGCGGUCUCGUCGGCGCUCAAUUCGUGGUAUACGCUCAAUGCAAGGCCCUCACAGGCGCACCACCAAGCAUUGAGAUUCACAAAGAGGAGUCUCUAUGAGUGCUCAUAUAACGAUUUAAAAACGGGAUGGUCGGUUUUAGAAAUGGCGUUGGGGCGAUAGAUAUGGAAUGAGAUCUUUUAGAGCGAGUUCCGAUGUUAGACUUAAUUAUAAGAAAUGUUUAUUUUAUUGCUUGGCAACCACAUUCUCGAGGUAAA